AUUAGUGAGCAGGCAAGCUGUCGAUUCACUGAAGAGGAUCAAAGAUUGUACUGGUAUAGUGAACUUAUUUCGUGUAUGUGAGUUAGAACACUCCAAAAAAAAAAACUGAAAGUCCUGAUAUUGACAGACCACGUUUUUGGAAAACUGAAUAUAUACUGUUCCUAGAGUAAACUACACUUUUUGUGUUUUAUAAGUAAAUGUUUUUAUAACCUUAGCACAGUACAGUGACUUCUUCAAGAACUUUUUCCCCCCAAGGAGUUUAUUCGGUUUUUGUUGAUAAGGAAAGCAACAAGAGAGACAACAAUGAAACUUCAGGGUCGAGUUUUUUUUGUCGUUUGGACGUCUUGGAGUGUGAUGAUGGCAGCAGCGAUUGAGCCCAUCACUACCAGCAUCGCCGUGGGUAUGGCGGCAGCCCUCACCGGCUUCCUCGCCACCUACCAGAAUGUGCUCUACUACUUUCACGAGUGCUGUAGAGAAGAGUGGAUCUCCUUUAACAGAUCUGGUCUGGAGGCUGAUCUUGAGAAGAAACUGUUCGGCCAGCACGUGGCCUCCAAGGUUAUUCUGAAGGCAGUGACAGGCUUCAUGAACAACAAAAACCCGAAGAAGCCGUUGGUCCUCUCCCUCCAUGGGUGGACUGGGACGGGCAAGAACUUCGUCACGCAGCUGAUAGCCGAGAAUGUUUACAAGAAAGGCAUGGCAAGUGGCUAUGUGCACCAGUUUGUCUCCACUGCUCAUUUUCCCCACCCCAGUCACGUUGACCAGUAUAAGGUGCAACUACAGCAGUGGAUUCGAGGGAAUGUGACCAAUUGUGCUCGAUCCCUGUUCAUAUUCGAUGAAAUGGAUAAAAUGCACCCUGGACUGAUUGACAGCAUAAAACCAUUCCUUGAUUACUAUGAAAAUCUGGAUGGUGUAUCAUAUCGCCAGUCUAUAUUCAUCUUUCUCAGCAAUGCUGGUGGCGAAAACAUAACGAGAAUUGUCCUUGAUUUCUGGAAAGAUGGGAAGGAGAGAGAAGACAUUCAGCUAAAGGAUCUGGAGACCCAGGUCUCUCUUGAUGUCUUCAACAACAAAAAGAGUGGAUUUUGGCACACCAGCCUCAUCGAUAAGAACUUGGUGGACUUUUUCAUUCCCUUCCUGCCCCUGGAGUACAAACAUGUGAGGAUGUGUGUGUUAGCGGAGAUGAGAGCCCGCGGAAUAGAGCCAGAUGAGGAAGCAGCCAGCAGUGUUGCCAGUGAAAUGAACUAUUUCCCCAAAGAUGAAAAAGUCUUCUCUGUCAAGGGCUGCAAAACUAUUGGAGGAAAGCUAGACUUCUACAUCUAGAGGUCUGGAAAAACAUCAUUGGAUUCCACAGGCCUCUAAAACUGCAGGGGAACUGAUAUCUGACAGUUGGAGUUAAAAAGAAAGAACCUGAAGGCAUUGAUUAUGCCUCCCUGUUCAGUCUCGUAGCUCUCUUAACCCAGUGCUAAGGCUGGGAAGAAGAUGGACUUUGGAGACAGUGCAUCCAAGUAGUUCCUCUCUGGAUUGAAAGACAAUUAAGGAUGAUAAAAACUGCUUCAGUGUCCAUUUCUUUCUGUCAUAUUGAAACAAGUUGUGAUUUGAUAUGACAUCUUGGGCAACAUGACAGUGAUGAUGUAUAUUUUAAGUUCUGUUCAAAUUCAUUUUUGGAAUUAAAACGGGAUUUUUUAAAAAUGUGAACCAGAUUUUUUAAAAACAACAUUAGAAGACUGGUUUAUAGUGUAAACCCGUUGGUGCCGUCGUAUGUAUUUUCAUAGACAGUGUCAUUACAGUUUCAUCUUUUUACUUUCAGAUUGACAUGCCUUUAAACCAUGAGCUUAUAGCACAUGUUUGAACAAAACAGCAUUUGUCACAUGAAGCUCUUUUAUCCAAUGUAUAAUACAAGUCUUUUUAAUUGGCUGUAUCGUAUAGUAGAUCAUUGUGCCACAUAGCCAAUGCUAAGUUCUUAUUUAAUUGAAUUGAAUUUACCAGUGAAUCGGUGUAACAAUUUGAGGCCUUCAUUAACCGAGGACCUAAUUUUUCAAGAGCAAUGGUGGGAUUUCUUGAUUUUGUGAUAGAAUUUUUAAUGAAAAGGGGACUUUUGAGUGGCCCAACCUGGAAAGCCACUUGCUGUAAAUGUAGUAUAAGCCCAAUAGGUCCCACAUACAGUAUCACUAGUUUGGACCUGGGCUAUUUUGUCAGCAAGCUGACAGUUUUGAUUCACUAAGCACCGCUGCAUAACUGGCUCAGCACAUUUGGAGGUUGUUGGGGUUGAAACAGCUAGCUAAUCCAGAGACCCCUAAAACUCAACAGCUACUGUAUUAGUAAGUUCUAGUGUCAUCUAUGAGAGAUAUAUCUCAUCUACUCCUUCAAUUGAUGGUGACUAUCCUGCAGGGCACUGUGGAGAUUGCAGUGGGUUAGAUGGUAAACCAGUCCAUCGCUGGUGUGCUGGAGACCUUUGGUCUGGUGCAGGAUCAUUUCAGCGAACUCCACUGUGAAACAGUGAUUCCAUUUUGGGAAGGUUUUGAAUAGAAACACAUUUUGCAAUUCCCCAUUGCAACAUCAAAAAGCUGUUCCUGGGACAUGCUGGGCUGAGAGAUAGAAGACUGAGGCAUAGCACCUUCAGCUCCUCUUGGUGACUUUAAGAAUAAACAUAUGAGAAUAGCACUUUAAGAUGUAAAAUCAUUGAUUCUUUUCAAUGUAUCAAAGAAGUUCCAAUGGCCAAUAUUUAUAUUCCAUUACCUGUUCUAGAACUAUAUUGUGCAUACUGCAAUUUAGCAGCCCUUUUGAAAUUUUCACUGUCAACAAAAUUUUUCUGCUACCCCUCAAACAAGUUUAUAAUACAAUCCCAGUUUUGUAGUGUACUGUGGGAAAAGAAAAUGAAGUCCGUUGUGUGGCCCUAAAAGAAAUAUUUCUCCAGGGCUUUUUAUAAUGUCCUGUAAUAAAGGUGUCAUGGUGGCACAGUGUUGCCUUGCACCUCUAGGGGUCUGGGUCCAAUCCCAAAGCUUGGGUGCUCUCUGUGUGUAGUUUGUAUGUUCUUCACACAUUUGCGUGGGUUUCCUUCAGGUGCUCAGGUUUUCUCCCACAGCCCAAAAACAUACUUUAAGGUGAAUUGGCUUCUGGGAAAACUGGCCCUGGUGUGUGUGCGCCUUGCAAUGAACUAAUACCCCAACCAGGAUGUAUCAGCUUUGUGCCACUUGCUUGCCGGGAUAGGCUCCGGUUCCCCCAUGACCCUCUACUGGAUAAAACGUUUAGGUAAUGAAUCCUGGAACCUGUAAUGGAACUGCUGGGCAGAAGAGUGGUGUAAGCACGCUCUUUUGUAGGAGAGAAUGUUGUACUCCGUGGGAGCACAGCACUUUCAAGCACUGAAGCUUUCAAUUGUAGUGGUGCAAAAGCUUCCCAAAAAAAGCUCAUCAUUAGGUAAUCUUAAUUUUGGAAAGAAUGAUUUAAUAUUUUUGGUGUACAAAUUAUUUUUUUGUUAAAAAUGUUUGGAAAUGCUUUAUUUUGCUUGGCACAAGGGAGCAAUUUUGUGUUAUUUUAAUUGCUUUAAAUUAAUGUUGUACUAAAUUGAGCACUGUUUUCAGAAAGAGAGAGUAAGCUAAGUAAUGGCCAUCCAAAUCCCUGAACCUAAUUUUUCUUUUGAACCUUUUUAUGGAAUAAUAUCUCCUACAAGAGGCUUAAGAGACCAGCCUUAACACAAUUUACUGUACAUCUUUUCACUGAAAUGUGUAGGAAAUGUAAUAUCUUUGUGUUUUUAUAAGAUUAUGAUUAUUAUGUUAAAAAAACUUAAUCACAUAAUUUAAAACUGAUGUGCAAUUGGAAAUCGAAUACUAAUACAGUACAGUAUAUGCCAUGCAAAAUAACGUUUUCCUUUAAAUAAAUCUCAAAAUGAGGAGAAACAUAAUUGUUAUGGAAGUAAUUUAAAAUAGUUAACACUCUCAUCAUGAAAUACAAGCAGGUUAUAGUGAUUAGAAAAAAAUAUUUUCUGAAAAGAAAUCAGUUGGAGCUUUACCUAAAAACGGAGCUUAUGAUUGUGCAAUUUCUAAAGACCUGGGUAAAAUCCAGGUCUGAUCUUAACUCAUGUUUUCAUUCGGUCUCUUUGUGCUGUUAAAAUGUCCUUUUUUUAAUUUGCCAAACAUUAAAAUAUGAGUCUUGUUUU